AUGCUUAAACCUAAAAUUUCUACUUAUUUGUCGAGAAUAAAUACUUAUUCUAGGCAUCAUACAUCAUCAUCAUUAUCAACACCAAUUGAUGAAACAAUAGGAAAUUGUUAUGAAACAAAUCUUGAUGAUAUUAUUCAUUUCAAAGGGAAAUUAUCAUUAAAAAAAAUAAAACAUUUACAAUCAAGUGGACAUAUAAGAAAAAAGAAAUCGAGUCGAAAACGAACAAAAUCAUGUUGUUCAUCGACAUUAUGUGCUAAAAAAACUAAAUUAACAUUGACAAAACAAAUUCUUACACCUAUUGUCACAGUUAAAGAUAAAACGAUGACAUUAUCUUCACCGAAUAGUACGAAAUCAAUACCUAGACCAAAACAAUUAUCAAUUAUCCGUCAACCUUCUUAUAAAUCUUUAUCAUUCGAUCCUGUAUCAUCAAUUUCAACACCUAAAUCAUUAUUUAUAUAUUCUUAUACAUCGUUAUCAAAUUAUCCUAUAAAAUCAAAUCAUGAAGAAGAAUGUCGUUAUUGUUCUACUAAAAGUUUAUUAUCAAUUAAUUUUGAUAAAAUAUCUCAACAUUCGCUUAAACUUUUUCACGCUAUCGAUAUGUAUUUAUCAUCGAAUUCUUCUUUAAAUGAUCAUCAAUCUGAUUUAUUAUCGAUAUCAUCUGAACAACAUGCAAUAUUAAACGAAACAAAACAAUUAAAUUUAUGUGAAAUUAACGAAAUUAUCUAUGCUAUACAUUCGACAAGUGAUAAUAAUGAUGAACGAGAUAAAACACUUGAUGCAUUGACAUCAUCUUUAUUAGAAAUUGCCGAAGAAAUACCUAUGAUUAUACCCGAUGAAGAAACUACUAUUGAGAAUCGACUUGAACCACCAGUACCUCCGGGAAUUGGUCAGAUUUUAGUUCGAGCCGUUAUUCAAAGUUUAUUUGGUGCACGAUUAGAUGAUGCACAAAAAUGGCUUAGUAUACAAAGUGACAGUAUUCAUUUAUUAAUCUGUCAUGGAUUUAAAUCGAAAGAAACAAAUAAUAUAACAAGUCCAACUAAAUCCUUGAAACAAAUUGAUAAUAAUCGAUCGAUAAUAACACACCAAUCUAGUUCACCAAUACCACCAAUUAGACAUAAUGGCGUAUCAUCACCUCAUAAUGCUCCACAUUCACCAAAAAUAAUUAGUCCAGUUUAUGCAAAUACAAUUAAUCAACAAAUAUCUCCUCAACCACCACCUGUUCCUGCUAAACCAAAAUAUCGUUCACCUGUUACACAAUUUGUACCAAUUAAUGGUGAUAAUAAUAAUAAUAUUAAUAAUAAUAACAAUAAUAAUAAUAAUCAUUCGACAAGAAGACAAUCACAAAAUGGUUUUGAAAUUGAUGAAUCGGAUUUAUCAGUAACUGAAUCAGAAAAAUCAUUUAAAGAUAAGAAGAAAUUUUUCGAAAGUGGAUUGCAAAGUUCUGGACCAAAACCUAAACCUCGACAAUUUAAAUAUAUUAAUGAGCAUGAAUUAUUACAUAUGAAAGAAGAAGAUGAACAAAAAAUUAAAAUAAUGAGUCCAACUGAAUUACUUCAAUCUAGAACACUAUAUGAUGGAGAUACUGAAUUAAUACAAACAACAUUAUCUCAAUAUCAAACACCAGCUUAUCUUGCUAAACCGGAAGAUGAUCAAACAGAAGAUGAUAUUAUUCAACAACGAAAUAUAACAUCGACUGCAAGAAUGAAUUCGCUCGAACGUGAUACUGCAUCUGCUCAUACUAUGCUUUCGAAAUUUGCUAUUGCGGAUUCCGGUAUGGCUUAA